UGCGCUUGAAGAUGGCGGCGGCUGCCGGGAGGUUGCUCCGGGCCUCGGUUACCCGACAUGCAAGCACCAUCUCCCGGGGCAUUUCUGCCUCUGCAGCCCUUAGGCAUGUUGCUUCUAGAAGAACUUGCUUGACAAACACAUUCUGGUCUGGCUCUACUCAAGCAAAAUUCGCCUUUAGUACUAGUUCCUCAUCUUACGCUCCUGCUGUUACCCAACGUGCACCUUACUUUAAAGGCACAGCUGUUGUCAAUGGAGAGUUCAAAGAGCUUAGCCUGGAUGACUUUAAGGGGAAAUACUUGGUGCUUUUCUUCUAUCCUUUGGAUUUCACCUUUGUGUGUCCUACAGAAAUUGUUGCUUUUAGUGACAAAGCCAGUGAGUUUCAUGACGUGAACUGUGAGGUCAUCGCAGUUUGGGUGGACUCCCACUUUAGCCAUCUUGCCUGGAUCAAUACACCAAGGAAGAAUGGAGGCUUGGGCCACAUGAAUAUCGCACUCUUGUCGGAUUUAACCAGACAGAUUUCCCGGGACUACGGUGUGCUGUUAGAAGGUCCUGGUCUGGCACUCAGAGGUCUCUUCAUAAUUGACCCCAAUGGAGUCAUCAAGCAUCUGAGUGUCAAUGACCUGCCAGUUGGCCAGAGUGUGGAAGAGACCCUCCGCUUGGUGAAAGCAUUCCAGUUUGUGGAAGCCCAUGGAGAAGUCUGCCCAGCAAACUGGACACCAGAUUCUCCUACAAUCAAGCCAAGUCCGACAGCUUCCAAAGAAUACUUCGAGAAGGUCCAUCAGUAGAUGAUCUGUGUGCACCUGAAGCUUCACUACAGAAAAGAACCUCAGCUGGCGCCCUUUUAGCAUUUCAAAGAUUAUUUAUAGAAGGAAAAACCCAAUCAUGCUUGUAUUUAUAGAUAUUACUCUAUUUUUUUUU